AUGGCGCCUCAGAUUCUCCCUUUCAGGGAUGUCAAUUUACACGCUUCGCCCUCCCACUAUGCCUUUACCUCGCCCUCAUCUCCCCAGGCACCGACUCUCGUGGUGGACCGGCCGACUGGCGACCUCCGUCUGAAUGAUGGCCCUCUAUCGGGCGCAAAACGCAUCUCGAGCAUCGCGGGAAUUCUGGGAAUUAUCAAGCUGAAGCUAGACAAAUACAUUAUUGUCAUCACCAAAGCCCAGCCCAUGGGGCGCCUCCGCGGCCACAUGGUGUACAAAGUCGCCUCGACCGAGUUUCUUCCGAUGCGCGAGCGCCCCCUCCAUGAUAAAGACGAAGACACCUAUCUCGCUGUGAUCAAAGACCUGCUUCGAACCGGCCCUAUGUACUUUUCCUACUCCCUGGACCUCACCAACAGUUUCCAGCGACAAUCGCAGAGUCCGUCCGAUAUUCCUAUGUGGAAGUGCGCUGACGAUCGUUUUUUCUGGAACCGGUUUAUCCAGUCCGACCUGAUCGACUUCAGCUUGGGAGAACAUAACACAAAUGGCAUUCGCUAUGGCCCCCAGCCGGGUGCUGACCCUUACAUCCUUCCAGUGAUGUUCGGCAUGCUGCGCAUCACCCCGGCUCGAGUCAAGGGAACCUCCUUCACAUUCGCACUCAUUACACGGCGAUCCAGGCACCGUGCUGGGACGAGAUACUUCUCCCGCGGUAUCGACGAGCACGGCAAUGUAUCGAACUACAACGAAACAGAGCAGAUUGUGAUUCUGAACGAUACGACCGGAGGAUUGUCAGGCUAUGCUCCAGGUCAGUCGAUGACCAACGGCAAGACAGGACAGGAUCUUCAGGUCUACUCUUUUGUUCAGACCCGGGGUAGUGUACCGGUCUUUUGGGCUGAAGUCAACGACCUCAAAUAUACGCCCAAACUUCAGGUUCGGGGCGUCGAGACCGCGGUCGAGGCUGCGCGUAAGCAUUUUGCGGAGCAGAUUCGCCUGUAUGGAGAGAACUACAUGGUCAACCUCGUUAACCAAAAGGGCCGAGAGGAACGCGUGAAGAAGGCUUACGAGCAGCUGGUUCGCAUUCUCAUCUCUUCUUCAACCGAGACAACCGAAGCUGAUGAGAAGACGCCUGAGAAGCUGCAUGUCCUGGAACCAGGCCUGAAGCAAAAAGAGAUGGAUCGUCUGCACUACAUCUAUUUCGACUUCCACAACGAGACCAAGGGUCUCAAAUGGCAUCGGGCUGAACUGCUGAUGGGUCGCUUGAACGAUGGCUUGACCCAAGGUGGCUACUUCCGUGGUGUGGAAUUUCCCGGAUCAUCUGGUGGACAGCUAGAUAUCCGGUCAAAACAAACAAGUGUGGUGCGAACCAAUUGUAUGGACUGCCUUGAUCGAACCAAUGUUGUACAAAGCAUGCUCGGCCGCUGGGCGGUGACCCGACAACUCAUGGAUGCUGGGGUGCUUCGCCCUGGUGAGACCGCCAACGAUGACCGAGACUUUGAGGAUUUAUUCCGGAAUAUCUGGGCAGACAAUGCCGAUGUUGUUUCCAAGUCCUAUUCUGGCACUGGAGCCCUGAAGACCGACUUUACUCGUACGGGCAAGCGGACUCGGGCCGGUGCUCUUCAGGACCUGAACAACUCUAUUACGCGCUAUGUGCGUAACAACUUCAUGGACGGACCCCGCCAGGAUGGCUUUGAUGUGUUCCUGGGCACCUACCUUCCAUCAGACACAGCAUUUGCCAACAUUCAGCUAUUCAUUGACGGCCGACCGCUCGUGAUCCAAGCUAUUCCGUAUGUCUUUGCGGCCAGCUUGUUCAUGGUAUUGAUUGCAACUUUCACAAGACGAUUGCCUGACGCAGCGGUCUGGCCGCUCCGACUUUUUAUGAUCUUCUGGAUCAUCAUCGGUGCCUACUCCUUCCGUUUCAUCCAUGGGCAUGGCAUGCUAUAUGUGAACUGGCCGAAGCUCAAUACCCCCGUCGCAGGCGCCGAAGGAUACCAGGAUGCUCUCAUCAAGGCACGCUCCGAUCCCAUCAUCGGUCAAUGGCUUCCUUCCAGAAGACACCAACGCGGCAUUAGCAAUGCUCGUCUCGUUUUCCUGGAGGAAGGCAAGACUAGGAUCGAAUAA